UUCGGGUAUUUUAUUUUAAGAAUAAAAUGGAUACACAAGCAAUGUAUGCUUCUAAUCCUCAAGCUUAUAAAGGAAGCAGGAGACUAAAGGCAUCAGGAAACCAGAUUGACCAAUUUGGUGAUGCAAUGAGGACAGGGAUUAGUGAAUAUUUGCAACAGAAGAAGAGAAAGGCCCAAGAGUUUGAACCCAAACCUGCAGUGAUCAAUCCCUUUACUGCUAUGAGCUCUGGAAAUGGACACAGUGAGGCUGACACAGCACCUUCUCCUACAAAGAAAAUCUCCAUAGAAAGGAGGCAUGCUGAUAACUAUGCAAGGGAGGAUGAAAUUGAGCCCGAUCGGUUCCUCGAGCUUACUCCUUGUAGAUGGAACCAUACUGGAUGGAAAUAUGCAGUCAGGGACCCACAAUAUUUCAAUCAUUUAAAUAAAACUCAAAACAAUAUCGGCGUUUCCCAAAAUUCGUUAAAUGAUACUAGGAAGAAACAGAGUUAUUUCAAGACUCAAUAUAUGAAGAGUUUUGCCAAAAGUAAGAGAAAUAAUAGCCAUAAUGUAAAAAAAGGUAUUCCAAACCAGGCUAAUUACUUAUCAGAAUGCUAUCCAGUUAUAUCUGGUGGAAAACAAGCUGCUAAGAAUUAUCAAAGAGGUGCUCAUGACUCCCACCAUCAGAAGAAUCAGUCUCUAACUUUGAGGGAGAGAGGACAUGAGCAAGGAGAUAAGAAAUGGAAUAAGCAAAGAUACAACUCUAAAGAUAGUCCUUAUGACAAUCAGCUCAUCAAGAAAGCAAGGAAUGCUAAGAAGGUCAUGCACAGAAGAGGCCGUAGCAAAGACCAAGUCCACAGCUUAGCAAGAGAUACUCAUAAGUUCUUGAGAGAAAGGAAUAUAAACUUAGCAGACAGCCUCAGUUCAAAUCCUUCUGAAGUCCUAAAGUUGUUGAGAGUUGAAAAAGAAAAAUUGAAGAAGACGCUUCAUGGAAUAAAGAAGAAUCCUCAUAAGAAGGAACAAGGAAAAAUCAACACUUCCAAGCUCAAUCAGACCGCCACCUCAUUCGGCUUUCAGAUGUUGCCUAAGAAACAGCUUGACGGUAAUAGAACUUUCUACAGUGAAGUUUCUAACCAGAGCCAAGGACUCUCAACUCUUGGGGGAGCUUUCUCAAACUAUGAAGCUGGAAUUACAGGAAAAGACGUGUUCGUCUGGGGAGGGAAUGUUCUGCACAGGAAACACAACCAGAAUUUCAACAAAAAGAGGACUUUCCAGUCAGAAUGGCAGAGUGCCGCUAACAACAAUGGUGUCUUUAUUAACAAAUAAGAUCAUCUAUUGGCCCAA